UAGUUCCUUGAGAGCUGUUUAGACACAAUGGGUAUGAUUGAUAUAAACGAAGCUGAUGAUGGAGAGUCGCCGAUAUCAGAUGCCUCUGUAGACCUCGUCUUCGUUCACGGCUUACAUGAGCCCGGCAAAAACGCAUGGAUUGACCAGGUAUCGGGCAUCUUAUGGAUGAGAGACCUUUUCCCUUAUGCUAGAUACGGGGCCCGGUUGUUACUAUAUGAAUAUGAUGUCGAUAGAUUAAUGGCACCAGGAGGGCCUAACAUCAGUAGCAUCUUUGACGAGGCAGUUUCGCUCGUCAAUCAUCUCAUUGCGAGCCGAGAACUACACCAAGCGGAGCAACGCCCGAUCAUUUUCAUAUGUCAUGAAUUUGGCGGUCUCUUGGUGAAAAGGGCUCUCGCCUACUCUCAUUCCAGGAAAGGUUCCAGAGUUGAGCACAUUAGAUCCAUUUACCGUUCCACGGUUGCGAUAAUGUUCAUGGCAACGCCCCAUGAAGGCUUCAAAAAAGAAGCAUUAAUCUACACAAACCGGUCCCGUCAUCCGGAACCAAAUAACUUCAUGCUGAGUUUACUGGAGGGCUCAGAAGCGCUGCAGGAGAUUACCGAUCAUUUCGCACCCAUUAUGAAACAGUUCUACAUAUAUAAUUUUUGGGAGCAACUUCGCACUGCUGUUGGGCGGCAUAAGAUCUAUAUUGUGGAUCGAACCUCCGCAAGUCCGAGCUGGAACGAAGUAGAUCAAUGUGGCAUAAAUACUACACACGCCGGAAUCGUGAAAUUCACCAGCUCGGCUUCCCCAGGCUACAGGCUUGUGUUAGCAGCACUGGAUAAGUAUAUCAAGUUAUCAGCAACAGGUGUUGCAAGAAGAUGGGAACAAGAUCUCGAGCUUAUACGGAAAGAACGCCAACAUGAGGUAGAAAACCUACUGCCUGGGGCCUUGCUUAAUCAUGCAAUUGGUGCAGAAAGUAUCGCCCACGAGUUAAUCACGUUGAGAGGAGCACCAUCUAUAUCAACGCUUACCAGCCCUGAAAACAGUAGCAAAUCACUCGUAUAUUUGAGCGACUCUUCAGAGGAGGUCAGGACACCGUGCGUCAACCUUCACUAUCUCGUUAAUCGUCGGUCAGAGUACUAUGUGGGGAGACAAAAACAGACGGAACACCUGCAGCAGAAAUUUCGAACUCCCAAGCGGAAAGGGCAAAAGCCCAAGGUAUUUGUGGUGUACGGCCUGCCGGGGUCUGGUAAAACGCAAUUUUGUCUCCGAUAUUGUGAAGACAACCGCCAUAGGUAUUGGGGAGUCUUUUGGAUAGAUUGCUCGACAGAGCCAAAUGCAGAAGACGGGUUUAGAUCGCUCGGCGUUCUGGCAGGAAAGGGGUCACAACCAGGAGCGGGUCAAGCGUGGCUAUCCCAUCUUCCUCAUUCGUGGCUCUUGAUUCUCGACAAUGCCAAUGACCCCGAGAUGGACUUGUCCAUGUUUAUCCCCGUAUCUGGGGAUGGGCACGUUCUUAUUACUACUAGGAAUCCUGGCGCACAGCUUUAUAACACGGUGGGCGCAUUCCAAUUCCGUGGAAUGGACCCUGAGGAAGCCAUCACACUUCUCCUUCGCUUAGCCUAUCCUGAGAAGGAACCAGAUCAGAUAACCAGUGUAUACAGGCAAGAUGCAGGCGUCAUCGCGUCAGAACUCGGCUACCUCGCUUUGGCUCUAAAGCAAGCUGCUCAUACAAUUCGAACACAAUUUCUACCCCUUGGGAGAUACCUGCAAUCGCUACUGGGCUGUCGCCAGGCUCUCCUCAGUCGUCCCCUUGUGAAAUCUGCCGCGGAUGCUAAUAUAUAUGCGACCUGGGAACUGCCAUUCACAGAUAUUCUAAAUGGCACGACGCAAGAACAUCGUGAUGCUGUAGAACUCGUCCAUAUCUUUGCCUUUAUGCACUUCGUUUCAAUACCGAGCAAUGUAUUUACACUAUGUUCAGACGCUUUAAAAUCAUGCAAAGACAUUGCCAUCCGCCCGUCAGUUAUCGUCAACUCAUCUUCGAUGCAAAUGGUAGGCGAUCGUGUUAUGACUGCAGCUCGAGUUCUCUACGAUCACUCAAUCAUUUCAAUCAGUGAAUUAGAUCACCAGUCUGAGAUAAUGACCGGGAAACUCCUUCCAAAGCAUUACUUCACACUCCAUCCAGCUAUCCAUCAAUGGGCUCGAGAAAGGCUUCAAAAAGAUGAUCGAGCAAAGUGGCUUGCUUGUACAGCUGCCAUCCUCGAACACUCCAUAUCAACCAAUAUGGAGACAAGCGGGAGGGCUCUUCGUCGACUCUUGUUGCCCCAUAUUGAAGCAUGCUUGUCAGUACUACAGAAGACUUAUUGGAAUUUUCCCGAGAAUCUAGAACAGGCUUCACAUCUUGAUAGGUUUGCUCUUGUCUAUGCUGAAGCCGGGUUGUGGAAGAAAGCACGUUCAUUACAGCUUAAGGUGGUCAAAUUACGUUCUGCUAGACUGGGUGCAGCUCAUCCGCUGACGAUACAUUCGAAGCGAAGCCUGGCAAACUCACUGUGGAAUCUGUUCGACCUCAAAGGUUGUCUAGAGGUUCAACGCCAAAUACUCAUGACUCAGCUAUGGUCUCGCCCUUCAAUAUCAGACUGGCUCGUGUGGCCUCCUUGGAAGCCUGUUCAUGUUCAAUACUGCACCACCUUAAGCGACUUGGCUCAAUCCUUGUGGCUUGCAGGGCUUCAAGACCUUUCGAAGCGAGCUGGAGAAAGAGCAGUUACCGGGUUAAUACAAAAGUACGGCUCUGAUGAUCCUUUGACUUUGAACGCCAUGUUUAACCUAGGCCGAACUUACCUACACCUUGAGGAGACCGAAAAAAGCGAGGCAAUUUUCAGACACGUAUUAGCAAGACGGGAACAUUUCUUUGGGAGAGAUCACCCCGAUACACUUAUGGUACGCAAUGAAUUGGGAAUGAACCUAAUUUCACAAAAGGGGGGAUUGCACGAAGCUGAGUCUCUUGUAUAUGAUGUACUACAAGUGCGCCAAAAGAUUCUAGGAGAAGAACAUGCGUACACUUUGUGGUCUGUCAACGAUCUCUCCAAGGUCUAUAUGGAGUCAGGGCGCAACAGCGAAGCAGCGGCGAUUCUGGAAGAAAUCAUUCCCGUCGUUAAAAGAACUCUAGGUGAUGAUCAUGUCGGAAUGUUUAUGACUAAGGGAAAUCUUUCUCGAGCAUACAUCCGUAGUGAUCAAUGGGAACAGGCCGGUGAUCUCAUCAAAUGGCUACGUAAAAUGGUCCCUCCCGAUCAUCCUGACUGGGUAUACGCUGAAUGGGGCUAUGCCUACUAUGUCCUUCACUAUGAAGAUGAUGCGAGCACUGCGGAGAAAUGCUGCAAGACCAUCAUGUCCAAGGUAUUUGAAACAGAGCUCCUCAGCGCUAGCAAUGCUCGAGUCAUUGCCACAGUAGAGAUCCUCCUACGCAUAUACGAAGAACAGGGAAGGAAUUCAGAAAUCAAGGAGCUCAAAGAAAAAUUUCCCAAUAUCGGCAGUAAUACUAACGUAGUAGAAUCAGCUAGCAGCUUACCGUUACCGCGGUGGAGACUUAACAAGCCAUCAUGAUAGCUUCUCUGGAUUGUGUAGCUAUAAAUAACGGCUAGUUUCAACAUGUUGUCGAAAUAUGUCAAUCAUUCAUUGCGAUAAAUCGAAAGAGGCAACAACACUAAUAUCGCCUCCAUGUUACAAUCGUCUCAUGAAGCUUGGUCAAUUGGAGAGCCUAUGGCAUAGGCUGUGUCUCUGCCCUGCCUCGUUAGCCCCCAUCACCCCACGAUGGUCAUGGUAUAACAGAUCCCACAGAGGUUUCAGCCCCGAUAAUGUUUUGUUUUCAAGUCCGUUAGAGUUUUUUAUUGGUGUGACAGGUAGU